UCCAUCGCCUCAUGCCCGCCAAUGAUCUCGCCCGAUCAAUUUUCAACACCACAAUUUCACUCCGUUCCGUCUCUUGAGAUUAAACACGAUUCAGAUGCCUCACCAUCGAAAGAUACAGAUAAUCGGAUAUAACCCACGGUUUUAGAACAGCUCCUAACUCCGUCUUCUUUUCGAGUCUUGCAAAACACUUUAGCGUGAACAGCUCGCUGGUUUCUACAAAUUGAGACUAGUGUUUCCCACCUCCUUCGGCUUCCUAGGCUCCACCUAAACUAAUUGAAGAGGAUCCUUAGUCAAGAGUUUGAAGCCAUCUUGACUAUAUAUUCCUCGGAACUCUCAUUCUUGAAGAUGUCGUUCGAUGCUUCAAUUCAAUAUCAUUCAAAAAUUAAUCACCUAAGUGAAGGAAAGAAAAGAGGAAACAUCGCAGUAAGACAUCAUCACCAUGGCCAUAGAAGCAACUCUUCCUCGAGUCCCCAAGGACCACGCCUUGAUAGGUGACGCUGCAAACCUACCCUCCAGCACACCCGUUCCAAUCAUCUCCAUCAGUCCUCUGGUAUUGCCAUAUCCAGGACGCAUUGUGGACUUCCAGCUCAAAGUCUCAGCGCCAAUAACUGGGAGCAACUUACCAAUCGUACUGCUCUCCCACGGCCAUGGAAUGUCGAACAACCUAUCUUCACUCAACGGCUACGGUCCACUCGCAUCCUUUUGGGCGUCUCACGGUUUCGUUGUCAUCCAGCCUACUCACCUCAGCUCCAAAUCCCUCUCCCUUCCACCAACAACUCCAGGGGCACCCCUCUUCUGGCGCUCCCGCGUCGAAGACAUGUCCUUCAUCCUGGAUCACCUCGACACGAUCGAAUCACACGUCCCCACGCUUCAAGGUCGACUCGACAGAUCCCGCAUAGCGGUAGCAGGGCACUCACUCGGCGGACAAACCGCCACCUUGCUCCUAGGCGCCACACUCAAAGACCCCGACUCCGGAGAAGUGUACUCCCUCCCGGACCCCAGAAUCAAAGCCGGCAUCGUGAUCGCCGCGCCUGGGAACGGCGGGAAAGAUCUCAGCACGUUUGCGUACGAGAACUUCACUUGCCUCCGGCACCCAUCAUUUGCAGAGAUGAAGUCUAAAGCUCUCAUCGUGGCGGGAGACAAGGAUGUCUCCCCGUAUCUGUCGACGAGGGGCGCGGACUGGAGGGCCGAUCCGUACGAGCAUAGUCCCGGCCCGAAGGAUUUGUUGACGCUGGCGGGGGGAGAGCAUGGAUUGGGGGGUAUUGCGGGGUAUGAUGCGCAGGAGACAACGGAUGAGAGUCCCUUGAUGGUGGCGGUCGUGCAGAGGAUGACGGUGGCUUGGUUGAAGAGUGCCUUGGGUGAGAACGGUGAGGCAUGGGGGGAGGCGUGUAAGGCUUUGGAGGGGUUGAAGGGAUUGGGGAGGGUUGAGUGGAAAUGAGCGCCUGAGAAGAGGAUGAGAAAUAAGAAGAGAAGCAGAAGGGCCGCAAGGUGAUUAAAGAGAAAAUGGAAGAGAAGUUGAGACAGAUGAUAGAAAAUAAGCAGAGAGAGACUCUUCCCCUG